GCAUCCCUGCCCACUGCCCAGGUCCCAAAUGUCUCGCCUCCUCCCCCGCCGCCGCUCCCUCUGCACCGCAGCUGCCACCCACCUCCACGACCUCGCCUCCCUCCUCGCCGCCGGCCGUUUCUACGCCUCCGUCGACCUUGCGAAGUCGCUCCUCCUCGCCGCGCAGCCGCCUGCCGCCUCCGUGCCCGACCUCUACCGCGCCCUCGCCGGCGGGCCGCCGCCGGAGUCCUCCUUCCUCCACGACGCCGCCUCCGCCCUCGUCGUCGCCUCCGCACGGCUCCGCCUCCCCGACGGCGCGCUCCGCCUGCUGUCGGACCUCGCCGCCGCCGCCGCCGACGACGCCCGCGCGCCGCUGCCGUCGCUCUCCUCAUGCAACCUCCUCCUCGAGUCCCUCCUCUCGCUCGGCCGCCAUGCCGACGUGCGCCGUGCGUUUGGGAUCCUCGCCGCCUCCUCCGCCGGGCCUCGCAUGGACACCUUCGCGUGGAACAAGGCCGUCCAGGCGUGCGUGACGGCGGGCGACCUCGACGAGGCCGUCGGGAUGCUCCGGCGGAUGGGCAGCGGCGGCGCGCCGCCGCCCAACGCGUUCUCGUACAACGUGGUCAUCGCGGGGAUGUGGAGGGCGGGGAAGGGUGACGGUGCCGUUAAGGUGUUUGACGAAAUGGCAGAGAGGGCCGUGCUGCCGAAUCAUAUCACCUACAAUACGAUGAUUGAUGGGUACAUCAAGGGCGGUGAUCUAGAGGCUGGUUUCAGGCUACGGGAUCAGAUGGUGUGUCAUGGCCUCAGGCCGAACUUGAUUACAUACAAUGUGCUCCUCUCCGGUCUGUGCUGUGCUGGGAGGAUGGGAAUGACGUCAGCCCUGUUGGAUGAAAUGGCAUCACGAAAGAUGAUACCUGAUGGCUUUACAUAUAGUAUCCUAUUUGAUGGCCUCUCGAGAAAUGGAGAUUCAAAGGCAAUGCUUUCAUUGUUUGGAAAUUCUGUGAAGAAUGGAGUGAAGAUUGGAGAUUACACUUGUAGUAUCUUGUUGAAUGGACUAUGCAAGGAUGGCAAAGUUUCCAUUGCUGAACAGGUUCUUCGGGAGCUGGUAAAUGCAGGGUUUGUCCCAACAAGGGUGAUCUAUAACACACUAAUCAAUGGAUAUUGCCAGAUUGGAGAGCUUGAAGGGGCCUUCUUGACCUUUCAGCAGAUGAAGUCAUGUCAUAUCAUGCCAGAUUAUAUUACAUACAAUGCACUAAUCAAUGGUUUGUGUAAGUCUGAAAGAAUUGCUAAAGGACAAGAUCUGUUAAUGGAGAUGGAGGACAAUGGAGUGAACCCAACUACAGAAACAUUCAAUAUGCUGAUUGAUGCAUAUGGAAGGACUGGGCAACUCGAGAAAUGUUUCAUUGUUCUUUCUGAAAUGCAAGAGUAAGGGCUAAAGCCAAAUGUUGUCUCAUAUGGUUCAAUUGUCAAUGCUUUUUGUAAGAAUGGAAAAAUCCCAGAAGCUUUAGCUAUCUUGGAUGAUAUGUUUCAUAGAGAUGUCUUACCGAAUGCCCACGUGUAUAAUGCUAUCAUAGAUGCUUAUAUAGAGCAUGGUCCCAAUGAUCAGGCUUUUAUUUUAGCUGAGAAGAUGAGAAGUAUUGGAAUAUCUCCAAGUAUAGUGACCUACAAUUUGCUUAUAAAAGGGCUUUGCAAGCAGUUACGUAUAUCUGAAGCUGAGGAGAUGAUCAACAGCUUAAGUAAUCACAGUUUGAUACCUGAUGCUGUCAGCUAUAAUACUUUAAUAUCAGCAUGCUGUUACAGAGGCAAUAUUGAUAAAGCCUUGUAUCUUCAACAAGAAAUGCAUAAGUAUCGCAUCAAACCUACGCUGAGAACAUACCAUAUACUUAUUAGUGCAUUAGGUGGUGCAGGGAGACUAAAUGAAAUGGAUGAUCUGUACCAGCAAAUGAUGCAAAAGAAUCUUGUUCCUAGUAAUGUAAUAUACAAUAUCAUGGUUGAGGCCUACUCAAAAUAUGGAAACGAAACCAAUGUAGAAGCUCUGAGGAAGGAAAUGUUAGAGAAAGGAAUAGCCAUUGAUGACAUACAUAAAUAACUGUGAGAUGAAUAGCUGUUUAGCAAGUCUGAUAUGAAACUUUUGACAUUGUUGAUCAUAAUGAUCAAUGUUAGAGGGGAUUGGUUUGACUUGUUUUGCCUUAUCUUGGUGAACCAUUGAAGGACUGAAUUAUCGAAGGCCAUAUUCUAUUUCUUGUCCCACAAAUCCACAAUGGAGCUAGAAGAGCAGAUACAUUGUUGAUUAAAUCAUCCAAGCAACAUGAAAGCUGAUGAGACGCAUAAGGGAUGCCAAUAGAUAGAAAAUUGGGCCAUGUACUCAGGUCGGAAGACGUGGACAUGAGUGGGUUGCUAUCAAGAGAAUAUAUGUGUGCAUGAAGGGAGGCAAGAGUGGCUUCACCAUCUGGAACUCACCAUUUAUGGACAUGAAGAAGUUUUCUUUUGUUUGGGGGUGUCUAUACAGCCAUCUCACAGCGUCUGAUUUGCCUAUGAUUCUCUUACAAGGUUAGUUGCGUUUUAUUUCAUCAUUUGAGAAGAUACAAAAGAGCAAGAAAGUCUCACUUCCUCAAAUGAGUCUGCUGAAACGUGAUGCUAAGAAAAGCUCCACGAUAACCCCAGAGGAAAUCCAUUGCCUGCACCCUCUGCCUUCUCUGAACUUAUUCAGUGGAAGGGCAUUCUCUCUGCAAAUUAACUGGAAACAUGCUUUCUCCCUCUCGGCCUUUGUGAUAUAUUGAACAAAAGUUGGCAAGUACUAUAAAUCUAUAAUUCUGUAAUGGCUGGUUGUUCCUUGAUAAUACUGAGAAGAAAGUAUCAAGGGUGAUGAAUCCAAUAUCAAAGCAAGCUUCCCCCCAGGAAUAUGUCUGUUACUCUGUCAAAGAGGUGCGCGGGGUUUAGUUGUUGUGUGCCAACAAUUGGAGCAUGUGGCUAGGGAGUGUUUUACCGAGCAUGGGUGGUGAUCUAGUCUUAGGAUUAAUGGCCACUAAUUGUACUUGACCGAGAUAAAUGCAAAGCUUCCAUUAUCUUAAAAAAGGUCCUUCAAAGAGUUAAUUUUUUUUUCACAUUUUGCUGCUAUUAGUCAUCUUGAGCUAUUCAAUUGUAAUUUAAUGGUAGAUUUUCUUUAUUUGCAUGAAUCACAAUCACUAGAUUCAUCUUCCAUGGAAGUCCAAUUUAGGAGGAAACCUCUAA